AUGUUACAAGCCAAUAAAAAUAAACUUAUGGCAACUGAAAUGGAUCCUUUAAGAAGAAGCUGCGGACGAUCAAAACUAGAAAGAAUAAGGAACGACGACAUCCGAAUGCAGAUGCAAAUGGAUAGACACAUACACGAAGACAUAGAAAAAAGACAACUAACAUGGACAUGUGAAGAGAAUGAUCGUUGGCCCAGAAAGAUAUUAGAAUGGACGCCUUUGGUAAGAAGAAAGAGAGGACGGCCCAGAAGGAGUUGGCGGGAUGACAUCAAUCAGGUGAUGAACGCGAGAAACUUAUAUGAAGACGAGGUUUUUGAUAGGAAAGGAUGGAAAUUGGGGACGGAGAAACGGCAAUAG